UUCGAUCAGAUCUGAACUAUCUGUUAUACCGCUGAUUCAGAGUGGUCCUUUUUUUUUUCCUUCUCAUUUGCUCUACUCUCUCGUCGUCUACCAAAGUCAAAACUAGCUUUAAAAUUGAAGCAUUACACUAAGUAAAUUUCCAAACCAAUAAAAAAAUACGGCGUUUUUCGUCUGGCGGUCACCCACUGCCGCCUAAUUUCUUUAGCACUAUUUAUAUUCACAAAUUUUCUUCUCCACAUUCCUAAGGUCCAUAUAUAUAUGUGUGUAUAAAUAUUUGAAAGAGAGAAUAUAAAAAGGAAAAAUUCACGGCGUCUGAUUCUGACCAUUUUGAUCAAAAAUGGCUGGGAAGAGUUAUAUAAUCAAGGUAGAGGAAGGGAAGGCCGCCAGCGACGGAAGACCGUCGAUUGGCCCUGUUUAUCGCAGUUCUUUUGCGGACAAUGGAUUCCCUGCUCCGAUUCCUGGAAUGGAGAGUUGUUGGGACAUUUUCCGCAUGUCAGUUGAGAAAUAUCCUAACAACCGUAUGCUUGGUCGCCGGCAGAUUGUGAAUGGGAAAGCUGGAAAAUACGUGUGGCAAACUUACAAAGAAGUUUAUGAUGUGGUAAUAAAAAUCGGAAAUUCCAUCCGGAGUUGUGGUGUUGAGGAAGGAGAAAAAUGUGGUAUUUAUGGUGCCAAUUGCCCAGAGUGGAUAACAAGCAUGGAGGCCUGCAAUGCUCAUGGACUCUAUUGUGUUCCUUUAUAUGACACUCUAGGUGCUGGUGCUGUGGAGUUUAUCAUAUGCCAUGCAGAAGUUUCAAUUGCUUUUGUAGAGGAAAAGAAGAUUAUUGAGCUUUUUAAAACAUUUCCAAACUCAACAAAAUACUUGAGAACAAUUGUUAGCUUUGGAAAGGUAACACCCGAGCAGAAGGCAGAAGCUGAGAAGCAAGGUUUGGCAAUAUAUCCUUGGGAGGAAUUUUUGCAAUUGGGAGAAAAUAAACAAUUUGAUCUUCCGGUGAAGAAGAAAAGUGAUAUCUGCACAAUAAUGUAUACUAGUGGAACAACUGGUGAUCCCAAGGGAGUAUUGAUUUCAAAUGAUAGUAUCGUUACUCUUAUAGCAGGGGUAAAACGCCUGCUAGGGCGUGUAAAUGAACAGUUGACAGAGAAGGAUGUAUAUAUUUCUUAUCUUCCUCUUGCACAUAUCUUUGACCGGGUGAUUGAGGAGUUAUUUAUUUCACAUGGUGCCUCAAUAGGAUUCUGGCGUGGGGACGUGAAACUAUUGGUUGAAGAUAUUGGAGAGCUAAAGCCAAGUAUCUUCUGUGCUGUUCCUCGUGUGUUAGAUAGAAUCUAUUCAGGUUUACUACAGAAGAUUUCUGGGGGAAGCUUGUUGAAAAAGAAAUUGUUUGAUGUGGCAUACUCAUACAAAUUCUAUAACAUGAGGAAGGGCCGCAAACAUGGAGAUGCAUCUCCAAUUUGUGAUAAAGUUGUAUUUAGUAAGGUAAAGCAAGGAUUGGGAGGGAAUGUGCGGCUUAUUCUAUCUGGAGCAGCACCUCUUUCUGCUCAUGUGGAAGAGUUCCUGCGAGUGGUGGCAUGUUGUCAUGUUCUGCAAGGAUAUGGUCUGACAGAGACUUGUGCGGGGACUUUUGUCUCAUUACCUAAUGAAUUGUCAAUGCUUGGUACUGUGGGGCCUCCAGUACCAAAUGUAGAUAUAUGCCUGGAAUCUGUUCCUGAAAUGAAUUAUGAUGCAUUUGCAAGCCCGCCAUGUGGGGAAAUUUGUAUCAAGGGAAAUACCCUAUUCUCAGGCUACUACAAACGUGAAGACCUUACCAAUGAGGUCAUGAUUGAUGGGUGGUUCCACACAGGGGAUAUCGGUGAGUGGCAACCAAAUGGAAGCAUGAAAAUUAUUGAUCGAAAGAAGAACAUUUUUAAGCUUUCACAAGGGGAAUAUGUUGCAGUCGAGAACCUGGAGAAUGUUUAUGGUCUUGUGUCUGAUAUUGAUUCGAUAUGGAUUUAUGGGAACAGCUUUGAGUCAUUCCUUGUUGCUGUUGUUAACCCCAAUAAGCAAGCACUUGAAAGCUGGGCUGCCGGGAAUGGUGUAAGUGGUGACUUUGAUUCCAUCUGUCAAAAUCCCAAGGCCAAAGAGUUCAUUCUUGGGGAGCUCUCUAAGAUUGGCAAAGAGAAAAAGCUGAAAGGUUUUGAAUUUAUAAAAGCUGUCCAUCUUGACCCUGAGCCAUUCGACAUGGAACGCGACCUUCUUACCCCAACGUAUAAGAAGAAGAGGCCUCAAUUGCUUAAAUAUUAUCAGAGUGUGAUCGACAACAUGUACAAGAGUGCAAACAAGCGAAAUGCAUGACAAAAUACUUCCAAUGGAAUCCUAAAGGGCCAAUGGGAUGGUUCUGCGGUUCAGAUACUUGUAGAAGUUACGCUUUCUUUCCUUUUGGUUUGGACUGUAAAAAUAUGGUUUCUUCAUAUUCAAAAAUUGUUUAUCCAAAUGCAAUUCCCUUCCAUGGAGCUGCGGGAAACGUCACACAUGCACAUAUUACGUCAUUUUUUAAUACAAU